AUGGCUACAAAUGGCCACACGCCUCGAACUGCAAAUGCUGCCCCGUCAUGGAGCCCGGCUGCAUUGCUGCAGCCAAACCGCCGAACCUCCUCGACUCCAGACCUUACCAACCCCGCCCUGCGGCAGUUCUCCCCGUCCCAGAAUUCUCCUAGGGUUCAGCACGACCAAAACCCGAACGACUCAUUAGUUUUUCAGUUCUCAAACCCGAACGAGCUCCCCUCUGCCGGCCCUUCGAGCCGAGCAUCCACCCCUAGCAGUACCUAUGGCGGUGGCGCGAACGGCGUCGGAGGUUGGAUAGAGCGUAUGAAUAAUGUUCAACACCGAUCGGCCAUUCCCCAGGCCAAGCGGCGCAAGACUGAAGACCAAGACAGCUUUCAAGAUGGUGCAAACGCCGCACCCCGGGGAGGAAGUGGUAUCCUUGGCGAAUAUGUUAAGGACAAGCGCAAGGAAGCCAACGGAUCAACUGCUUCUCAGGCCUUAACCGUCGACCUGACCAGUGGGAAUGAUGAUGACGUGGUCGUUAUACAAGAUCCUCGCGAUGAGGAGGUUUGCUAUGGCAUGAUCAAGGCCAGUCUGAACUGUGUACGGGUCCCUUCGCCGAAGCCAGGAAUGCAGAGCCUCUGGGGGCCAGGUUAUGCGCCUGGAAUUAAAGUUGUGCUGAAGAGACAGGUGGGGGAGACGUCUCUGAAAAUACAAGCCUACGAUCAUACCCGGCAGAUUAUCGGCCUCGUGGAGUCUGCAAAUGCACGUGCUGUUGCUCCCCUGCUCGACUCCAACAUUCGACUAAGGACUGAGUGUCGGAUCCCGCCCCAGCCUAAGUUGCCUGGCGAAGAGCCUGGUCAACAAACCUCCCGGUCAUACUCCCUUGACAUCGUCAUGUAUGGCCCCAUAAAGUUCGCCCGAAAUGUGGGUGCUCACUUGAGCAAAUACGACCAGAAGCUGCUGGCUCCCUACCUGGUUCAGAAGGGCAUCCGAGUUCAGAAUCCUCAUGUCCUGGAGUACCGCCCCCCUGCACCUCGGAGUUAUCCCACUGAAGGACAAGCAACAAGCACCCCUCUCUCUGCCAAUCGCACCGUCGAAGAGAUUCGUUCAGAAGUUAUGGGCGUGUUCGACUCUCUUACGCGAAGCGAUGAUUUACCGGAAUUGGAGCCUGACCCCAGCAUCACGACACCUUUGCUUCAGCAUCAAAAACAGGGUUUAUAUUUUAUGAUGACAAGAGAGAAGCCUCGAGAACUUCAAAUUCAAGAAAAGAACAUGGUAUCAUUUUGGCAGACCAAGACUGGCCCAGCCGGCCAGAAGCUGUUCUUCAAUGUCAUCACUGGCCAAACCCAGGCGAAUCCCCCAGCGGAAACCCGUGGCGGGAUCCUAGGUGACAUGAUGGGUCUCGGAAAGACGCUAAGCAUCCUCUCUCUGCUCGUCAGUUCCACUGAGGCUGCAAACCAGUGGGAGCAGCUAGCACCGGUGCAACCAGAAGUCCCGGAAAUGAAGCCAUCGAGACAAGAUGUUCUGGUCCAUCAGCAAAGUCUCAAUCUCACCCCAUUGGUUCGGAACGUAAAGUCCACGUUGCUUGUCUGUCCUCUCAGUACAGUUACAAAUUGGGAAGAGCAGAUCAAACAACACGUUCACCCAGGCGCGCUAAGUUAUCACAUCUAUCAUGGGUCAAAUCGGAUCAAGGAUCCUGCAAAACUUGCUACUUUCGAUCUCGUCAUCACUACAUACGGCUCAGUUUCCAACGAGCUUAGCUCUCGUCGAAAGGGCAAGGACGGCCUGUAUCCUUUGGAGCAGAUGGGCUGGUUUAGGAUUGUACUAGACGAGGCACACAUGAUCCGUGAGCACUCGACUCUGCAGUUCAAAGCCAUUUGCCGUCUGCAAGCAAACAGGCGCUGGGCUGUAACUGGCACGCCGGUACAGAAUCGAUUGGAUGAUUUGGCAGCACUGCUGGCGUUCCUUCGUCUGCACCCAUUUCACGACCGAGGCAAGUUCCUUCGACAUAUUGUGGAACCUUUCAAAGCGUGUGAUCCCGAGAUUGUCCCAAAGCUGCGUGUUCUUGUGGACACAAUCACACUUCGCCGCUUAAAGGACAAGAUCAACUUGCCCCCCCGAGAAGACCUCGUUGUCAGGCUCGAUUUCAGCCCAGAUGAGCGCACUAUCUACGAUAUGUUUGCAAAGAAUGCGCAGGACCGUGUCAAGGUGCUUGCCGGCAACAACAACGAGAAAGCUCUCGGUGGAAACACGUACAUCCAUAUUUUGAAGGCCAUCUUGCGGCUCAGGCUGCUUUGUGCUCAUGGGAAAGACUUGCUCAACGAUGCGGAUCUUGAGGCGCUCCAAGGAAUGUCUGCUGAAAUGGCCAUUGACAUCGAUGACGACGAUGACGAAGAUGACAAACCAUCUCUCUCAGAUCAGAAGGCCCAUGAGAUGUUCACAUUGAUGCAGGAGACAAACAAUGACGCCUGCAUUGAGUGCAGCAGAAAACUUGGCUCAAUCGAAAGUUCAAACAUCGAGGUGGAAGGGCAAGAUGACACUCUCGGCUUCAUGACGCCCUGCUUCCAUGUCAUUUGCCGCUCUUGUAUUAAGACGUACAAGGAACGGGUGAGACAGACGCUAAACCCUGCAGAUUCUUCUUCAGGAUAUUGCCCCAUCUGCAACGUGUACGUCAAACACGCAUUCGUACAGCUUCACCGACGAGAAGUAGACGCCGAGCAUGACGGUCCUGCAAAAGCCAAAUCCAAAAACCCUGGAAAGAAGCUCGACAAGUACGAUGGACCGCAUACCAAGACACGAGCUCUAGUCGAAGAUCUUUUGAAGUCAAAGGCGGCAAGUGAGGCAAACCCAUCUGAGCCGCCUUACAAAUCCGUUGUCUUCUCUGGCUGGACUUCGCACUUGGAUCUCAUUGAACUCGCUCUUAAUGCCGCCGGAAUCACUUUCACGAGGCUUGACGGCAGCAUGAGCCGCACAGCACGUACUUCCGCUAUGGAUAGGUUCCGAGAGGACGACAAUGUGCACGUUAUCCUUGUCUCGAUCAUGGCGGGUGGACUGGGUCUCAACUUGACGUCAGGAAACAGCGUUUACGUCAUGGAGCCGCAGUACAACCCAGCCGCGGAGGCGCAAGCUGUGGACCGUGUUCACCGACUGGGCCAGAAGCGACCUGUACGUACUGUCCGGUACAUCAUGCGUGGCAGCUUCGAAGAAAAGAUGCUGGAGCUUCAGGAGAAGAAGAAGAAGCUGGCAAGUCUCAGCAUGGACGGCCAAAACAAGGCUCUGGACAAGGCGGAGGCGGCCAGGCAAAAGCUCAUGGACCUGCGGAGUCUUUUCAAAUGAGUGGCGAAGAUACCCGGCUUUUUCGGCGAUCGGGGAAGCUUUUAUC